AUGGCUGUGACAGAGUGGACAUCUUGGUUCAACAUUGAUCAUCCUGGGGGUAAUGGAGACUAUGAACGCCUGGAGGCAAUCCGUUUCUAUUACAGGGAGAGAGUCUGUGUGAGGCCCACCGCCAUGGAGGCUCGCACUACAGACUGGGUGGCCGCGGCAAACACAGGGGAGGUGAUCCACUCCAGUCUGGAGAAGGGCUUCUGGUGCAUCAACAAGGAACAGCCCCAUGGUCGUGUCUGCUCCAACUACCAUGUCCGCUUUCAGUGUCCCCCAGCCAUGUGGAGUCCUUGGGGUCAGUGGGGGACUUGUUCAGUGACUUGUGGUGGAGGUCGCAGGGUUAGGAGGAGGACCUGUUUAAGGAACUCAGAGACAGUGCAGUGUACUGGACGACUUGUUGAUAUACAGAAGUGUGGGAAGAGUCCGUGCCCAGCCAAAUGCCAGCGCGUGUGCACCGAGGGUCAUCCCAGUGAGGACUGCAGCCGCUGUGUGUGUGAAAGCCAUGUGCUGCAGGGAGAAGUCCACAGUGUGACUGGUGUUCCUGUGGCGGGAGCCGGGGUGGCGCUCGCCAGCGAGCCCAAGGUGAUCCGUGCCCGUACAGAUGACAAAGGACAGUUCGGGUUUACAGGAGUCUGCUCUUCCAGCUCAACUUUGAUUUCCAUCAAGAAGGAGAAGUUUUCCCCAAUCACUGUCUCCACAUUCAGUAACACCACAGGGUUGUCCUGGGUAACGGCUGUCCUUAAAUCAGCCGAAAAGCCAUACAUUGUGAAUCACCCAGAGGAUAAGGUGCGCUAUGAGGGUGGACGAGUGCUGUUGUGUUGCAAAGCAACAGGAUCACCAACACCAGACAAAUACUACUGGUACCACAAUGGGACUCUGCUGGACAGGAAAGUGUACAAGUAUGAAGAGGAUCUUGUACUGUCGGACCUAAAGCUGGAGCAGUCAGGAGAGUAUUACUGCAAAACCAGCAGCCCUGCAGGCAGCAUCAAGUCCUCUCCAGCCUUCCUCACUGUGAUUGCCAAAGGAACACCAGCGUGCAAUUCCACUCCUGAAACACACUUAAUCAGACUGCCCAUUGACUGUGUUCAACCUGGGACUGACUCUAAGCACUACAAUGCCGGCCGCUGCCCUCACAACCAAUGUGCUGGCUCCUUAGACUAUGAUAUGCGCUGCAAAGAUGGAGCUGGUUUCUGUUGUGGGGUUCAAAAGAUGGAAAGUCGAAUCAUUGACUGUGGGAGUUACAGUCUUCCUAUCCGGGCUGUCACACAGUGCAGCUGUCAGAAAUGUGUGCAGCCAACUGUGCUGGUUCGUGGUAGAGUGGUCGUAGCUGACAAUAAUGAGCCUCUACGUUUUGGGCACAUCUUUAUCGGAAAAGAGAGGGUGGGCACCACUGGAUAUCAAGGAGGUUUCAUGUUGCAAAUAACACCAGAUACACAGAGAUUAGUAGUGAAUUUUGUUGACCCUACUCAGACGUUUCUUGACACUCCUAAGGUGUUCAUCUUUGACAAGAAAGGUGGAUCCAUCUACCAUGACGUAAAGGUGAUGAGAAAGCAGGCCCCGAUUGACAUCAAUGCAGGAGAGACAAACUCUAUUGACCUGGGAGAUAUUAAAGGGGAAGAUCCCAUUGGUCAGUUAGUCAUUCCUCCCAAUUCCUUCCAUAAGGACAAUGGAGACGUCUAUGAAGGAACUGUAAAGGCCAGUGUAACAUUCAUUGACCCAAGAAAUAUCACCACAGCAGCUGCAACCCCUGGUGACCUCAACUUUGUGGAUGAUGAAGGUGACAUGCUACCUUUGAGGACCUACGGCAUGUUCUCUGUGGACUUCAGAGAUGAGACCAACAAAGAGGUGCUUGGAGCUGGAGCAGUUCAAGUCCUCCUGGACACACAGCACGUCAAAAUGCAGGAGCACAUUCCCAAAAUGAAACUGUGGUCUUUAAACCCAGACACAGGUGUCUGGGAAGAGGAGAGUGACUUCUCCACAACCACAACAACUACUGGUGGUCAUGGGCGGAGCAAACGAGAGGAGCGCACCUUUCUCAUAGGCAACAUGGAAAUCAGAGAGCGAAGGCUCUUCAAUUUAGAUGUGCCUGAAAACAGACGCUGCUAUGUCAAAGUCCGCGCCUACAUGAGUGACAAGUUUCUUCCUAGUGAACAGUUAGAGGGUGUCGUGAUCAGCCUGAUAAACCUGGAACCCAAACCUGGUUACUCCUCUAAUCCCAGGGCAUGGGGUCGCUUUGACAGUGUCAUAACUGGACCCAAUGGGGCCUGUUUACCGGCUUUCUGUGAUGCCAAGAGGCCAGAUGCUUACACAGCUUAUGUCACUGCAAUGAUCAGUGGGGAAGAACUUGAAGCAGCUCCUUCCUCUCCCAAGAUGAAUCCAAACAUCAUUGGAGUAUCCCAGCCAUAUCUCGAUAAAUUAGACUACCAACGCUCUGAUCAUGAGGAUCCAGCUCUGAAGAAAACAGCUUUCAGAAUUAACUUGGCAAAGCCUAACCAAAACAACUUUGAUGAGACCAAUGGGCCAAUAUAUCCAUAUCAGAAUUUGAUAGCAUGUGAAAAUGCCCCUGUUGAUGCAAAUCAUUUCAGAUUCUUCAGAGUGGAAAAGGACAAGUAUGAGUACAAUGUUGUCCCCUUUGAGGAAAAUGAUUUGACAACCUGGACAAGAGACUACCUCUCAUGGUGGCCUAAUCCCCAAGAGUUCAGAGCAUGCUUCAUUAAGGUCAAAAUCCUUGGACAGAAGGAGGUGAUGGUCAGGUCAAGGAAUCUAGGAGGAACACACCGGGUGACUAACGGCAAACUUUAUGGCAUUAGAGACAUUCGGAGCACCCGGGACAUGCGAGAGGCCAACACCUCAGCAGCCUGUUUGGAGUUCAAAUGCAGCGGCAUGUUGUUUGAUCAAGCUGAUGUAGACCGAUCUCUCAUAACAGUCCUCCCACAGGCGAACUGUCACAGGAUCAGCACUAAUAACCUCCUGCAAGAGUAUCUCAUCAAACACCCACCAGUUGCUCUAAACAACGAGUCCCAUGGAUUCACCAUGCUGGCCCCUGUUGAUCCUCUGGGACACAACUAUGGCAUCUACACAGUCACAGACCAGAAUCCCAGGGUGGCCAAAGAGAUUGCUAUUGGGCGCUGCUUUGAUGGCACCUCAGAUGGUUUCUCAAGGGAGAUGAAGUCAGACACUGGAGUGGCACUGACCUUCAACUGUCCAGAGAGGAAAAUUAACAGGGAGAGCCUUUUCCAGCGUCUGCAGACAAACCCAGGUUUGACACUGUCUCAGAUGGCAAGGGACAUGAGGGAGAUGGAGGGUCGGCAGGUGCAGAGGUCAUCUACCCGGGUGAUGGUCUAUCCUUCCGAGCAGCAGGGCGGGACCCAGAGUCGCAGAGGCAGCUAUACAACCAGGAGGAGAGUAUCCACGCGCACACAGCAACGCCAGUAGAAGUGCCAAGAAGUCUUCAGUUGAGACUCAUACAAUGGCACAGUAUCAAAGAAGUAAAAAUUGUCUGUGGAUGAGUAUGAAUUCUCUCUUGAUUAUGAAAAUUGCAAAACUGACAUAGAUAUCAAUUCACCAAAAGCAUCAAGUGUGAUUGAAGAGAUUCAUUAGUCUUCUACUUACUUGAAGGGUUUGGUAUGUUCACUUUUCUCUCCCCCUAAAAGACACCUAUAGUAUCAUUUGUCUACAUGUAACACAGUUACUGGAAUUUAUUUAAUUGGCUGUGGUCUAAUUUUAGCAAUGAGCAGAUUUCAGCUGGCUUUAGUGAAUGUAACUUUUAUAGAUCUAAUUAAUGGCAUUCAGUUCUUCCAGGUGUUUGUUCAUGUCAGGCCCCAAGCACUUCAUAAUUUGCUAUUGCUUUCCAUUGAACUCACACUUUUCUUUAAGAUCAAAAUGUCCUGUCUGCAGCAGACACUGAGCCCUUUUCCUACAAACUCAGAAACUCUACUAAUGGGAGGCACACUCAGAAGAGACAGUGGGGUGACGUACACUAUGCCACCCAGGGAACAGAGGAUGUUUUCAGUCUUCUUGCUUCUUAAUGUUUUUCAUUAGAGUACCUUAAAGGCAACCAUGG